ACUGUUACUACUGGUAUGAAUGCAACCUUCGUUGAAAGGCAACAAUCACAUAAAAAAUCACAGUGCAAUGACCCAUUCAAUAAUGUGAAAACCCACGGAACGAAUAUCGUUGGCCCAUUUGAUAAAAAAAUAACCAAAUGGUUUAAUGGUAUGAAAGAAGUGGUCGAGAUGAUGAUGAAGACGAAGGUGGAUGAUGUUGAAGAUGAAGAAGAAGUUGGUGAUGAUCUCUCGAUAUUGCCACAAGACAUUUGGUGCCAAGAGUACUUGCAGCAAGCCGCAAUAUCGACUUUGUCAGCAACAACUUCAAGCACUUCAGUUACAACAUCAAAUAUUAAUAACAGCAAUAGCAAUACCACCAACAACAACAACAAUAGCACUAUUAAUUACAACAACCGCUAUAACAGAAUUACUAGUGACAGUGGUAAAGAAAGCAGCAGUAGCAGUAACACUGAAGUGAAUCAUCUUUGCUUGGAUACCUUUGAAAAUUUUGAAUUCGAUAUUGAACUGUUGACGGAAAAUAAAAGCAAAGACCAGGACAAGGCAUCAACUGGGCAAUUGUUACAGAAACAAUUGUCAGCAGAUGAUAAACAUCAUCUAAAUCAAUCUACAACAACAAAUCUACUUGAUCAUCUUAUUCCCUACGAUAUUGAAGAAGGAACGGAUACGGAUACCGAAAAGCAAAAGCAGCAAUUGCAAAUGAUGCUGGAUGAAAUAUUAUUUGGCAACACAGAACAACAAAGUUGCUCUAACAACAACAACAACAACAACCCUCUUAAUAAUAAUAACAACAACUGUGCUACCCUUAACCCCAACACCAACUCCACUGCAAUGGAUUUUAAUAACGAUAAUUUCUUUGGUGACUGCAAUAGCGAUGACAUCUUUAAUUUUCCACCCACCAGCCAAAACUUAAACGAUGAUAAUUUAUUUUCUGAUGAUUUCGCUAGCAUUAAUUCAAGCAUUGAAGACGCUGUGGAUAUUAACCAUAUGGAUAAUGCUGGUAUACCUCUAAUGGAUUUUGAUCUGUCACAGUGUAGCUAUUCCAACAACUACAUGCAUUCGCAAUCGCCUGAUGUCAUGUUCCCAUGCGGUUCACAGGCAAUGGCAAAGCCUCAAACAUUGGCAGCAGCUCUUUCGCAAGAAAUUUUGGAAGCUGAGCCCCAUGUAGCCCCAGAUUUAAUUCAUGCAUCCACCUAUUCCAAUUGUGGUGUUGGCGAUGAUAAUGACAAUAACAAUGCACUAUCAAUUCCGAUUCAAGUUGAUUUUAUAGAUGGCCAUGAUAACUUGCAUGAAGAGACCGCAACAUGCAGUGAGACUUCAACUUCAACCUUGCAGCCUAUGGGUGGUGGAUGUGAGUCGCCAAAGUUGUUUAAUCCCUCGAAGAGUGAACGCAUGCAGGAGAAACGUUCUAAACUACAUUUGGACACCAAACGUCGCAGACGGAUGGACGAGAUCUCACCGAUGGAUACUCCAGGAAUUGUAAAUAUGUUAGAUGAGGUAAAAAAUAUAUAAAAUUUAAGAGACCCAAGUUAUUAAUUCCAAUAAUCCUUGACCUAUCCCUAUUCCCAUGUUGGAUUUUGACCAAAUAUCAUAUCAUAAACCCAG